AUGAACAUUUUAAACACUGGCACCACUAUCUAUCGCAACAAAUUCAGAACAAGACUAUAUCUCCAACUAGGUCCACUUCGAUGCUACUCCACUCAAUCAAUGGAGAGAGUAAUUGGUGUCUUUUCCAAGCUGAUCAAGUCUAAAUGCAAGGGCGGCCGUAAUGCCAGUUUUCUUGUGGAGCAAUUUAUAUUGCAUAACUAUGUUAACACGACCAUCAGUAUCCAAGACAAAAUUGAUCUUAUUCAGCCCAAGUCGUAUGGUAGAGAAAGUUAUAUGAAUCUCCCUAAUGAUUCUAGUGGUGCGCAGUUGUGGGAGCCAUUUCAUCGAUUUGCUCAUUUGAACAAUGAUUUGGUGGAAGGUCUUGAGGUUUUACUUGGCUCUCUUUGUUUCCUUGAUUUUGUUGAAGUAAUGAAGGAAUAUGAUGCGACUGCCCACGACUCAUCUGUACCAAUCGUCAAACAGCAGUCACAAAACAGCUCAACAGGUUGCCAAACACAAUCUACAUAUGCAGUAAUAAGUGUCAAUGAUAUUCAUCAUCAAGUUGGUCUUAUACAAUACCCACCAAAUGCAAAUCAGUUCUAUAUUGCUAAUGACAUUAUCAUCUUACUAAAAACUGCAGAGAAAUUACUGGCUUUCAACCACAAAAAUGAUAGUUAUGUGCCUAUUUCAGACACAGUUGCCACUCCUAUAGCCAUAGUGAGACAACACUCCAAAGAACAAGAACACUGUAUAUAA